UGCAAGGCAUCUGCGAGCUGCAAGCACCGUGUGUGGCAUCGUAUGCCAGUGUUUUUUUAAUAGCUUUAUUAUCCGUUGCCCUGUACAACCAGUCUCGCUGUGGUUUGUCACUGUUUAUGGCGUUUUACGUACUACUUUACUGCACUACCGCGACGGCAAUCACGUACCGGUCCAGCCAGAGCCUGUUGCUUUAGCUCAAGUCUCACUUUCCCACCCGUCCCUUCAAUUGCCCACCCAUAUCUCCACUUCUUCUUCCUCCUUAUCUAUUGUGCCUAUGGCUCACACCGCAGAAGUACAUUCCAUCUAAUCCAAUACAUCGGUGCCUUGCUAGACUACUCCAUACCGUAUCGCAUCAUGUCGUCCGCCAUCCUCCCCUAUCCCUCGCAGCCAUCGUACCCUUUAUCGCGGCCGUCCACUCCCCGGCCCACCACUACACUCUCAGCACCUCCUACACCAAUUACCCCCACGCAUCUCCUUCCAGUUGCCAUGGAGCGUGCCAGGAGUACUGAGGGUGUAGUGAAUGGUGUGGAGCAGGCGUUAAAUCAGGCCAGGGGAAUAAAAGAUAACAAGGAACCAAAACCUGGGAGAUUGAAGUUUGAAUGGGAGCACAUCGAAAGGCCGAAGACGCCCGAAUCCGAUCACGGUAUCGAUGAUGAUGAGGAGCAGAAGAUGGAUGUUGAUGAGGAGCAGCCGAUACAACCACCGUACCUAGGGCUUGGGGAACCUGUCAGUACUUACGAUGAAGAGCGAGCGCAACGGGAGAAUGCCAUGCGGCAGAUGGACAUACACCAUGAGGAACCCCCGCCGCCUAUUAUAUGGGGAAUGCCGAAAUGGGGACGUGAAGCAGAAAGGCAGGAAGUUGCGAAAGGUGUGAGACUGUUGGGAAUGGAAGAGCUACCCCAGCUUGUCAAAACCCAUUCAUUGAUCGAUACGCCAAGCUCUGUCAUGUUCCCAUGGCUGCAUGGUAUCAGCGAUGACGGCCAUAAGGGGCAGGAGAUGGCUCAGUUCUUCGGAUAUUCCCCACCGUUUGGACCUCCACCCUAUCGGGGCCUCUGUCUUCUCUUUUGUCCGCCUCACCCUCUUGACAAACAUCAUUUGCGCCCUCCGCCACAGCGCAACGACACAGAUCUGACUACUGUUCCCACAAGCGCCCCGUACAAAGUACCUGAUCGCAAAGACUCCGAGUCUGAAUCUACUUCUUCAGAAUCGUACAAUUCUAGCGGUGCAACUGAACUGACAUCCCCAAGCCUUGGCAAUUCUCUACCUUCACCUAGUCUCUCGUCCUUCAAACCUCUUCCGGAAACUGAUACUCAAUCAAUGGAUUCGUCCAAGGAUGACAGCAAUGGUGCUGAGGUCGCCAUGCACCCUUGCUACUCUAAACGUCUUUCACCGACAACAGUUGCAAAAGGCCUGGAUGAGGACAACCAUCCUCUUCCCUGUAGCAGCAUUCUCAACGCUGCAGCCGAACCUGAAACUCAAAAACCGUCGUUAUCUUCUAGUGUCUCAUCAUCAAGUUCUGACGUCGACGAAGCAGUUGGACAAAAUCAAAAUCCCUCGUGCAUCUUGUUCAACGCAUUACAUGUACAUGAUAUAUUCGACCUUUCGAAAAUUGGCGAUGACACAGAAAAACGAGCGAGUUUCAGAGCUGCAAAACUUCCUGACCAAAUCAAUUUAAGGAACCUGAAUAUCCAGCAAAUCAAGUAUGCGACUGUGUCCGAUAUUGUACUGUAUUCCAAAACGGGACUGACACAGGGGUUGUUACAUAUUGCCGAGCAAAUUGCGCAGGCACAAGAAGAUCUGUACAACCAGCGAUUACAAGAGAUCUACCAUGUGAAUCAUACAGGAGGAGAUGGUGAAGGAUCAAGUGAACCGAUACGUUAUGGAGUAUGGGUCGUCCUUGAAUCGUUCAAUGAAAUCGAGAAACAUUAUCCCGAACUGGUGAAUAUCGACUCCAAAGGCCGCGACAAACAUCCCCAUCUCCAAACUGACCUGUUUGAGAGGGAAGCAAAAGAAAGUAGGGAGAUGACCAAGGCGUCAGAAGUCGUUGAAGGUUUUUGGGUCGGUAAUGAUUGCGACGUCCCAGGCGCAACGCUUGAAGGAGCGGGGUCAUUUAUUCGUUUCGAUCUAUGUCUCAAAGCAUCCGAAUGUUCCGAAAUGCCAAGCACCUCGGCGCUCUCAUCGGCUUACCGUAAACUACUAGAUAUCGACCGCAGGAGGCGGGAGGCUGGCGAGGAAUCUCAAUCCACAAGCGCCUUCAACUGGACUGCAUCACCGGCCACCCACGCCCUGCGAAAUCUUCUUUCGCCCUCAUCGUCCUCAGUGACAACUGAAGUACCUUCAAAAAGGACGGCUUCUCCGACACCCAGCGACCGGCAAUUGCGAGCAAAACCAUCAUUGACCACUGAUCACGAAUACGUCGCUCUCGACUGUGCAGGGAGUAGUAGAACUAUCACAGGUCAUACUCGUAAUAUGGUUACCAUGACUGAUCGUGUGAUCGAAUUGGUUUACUUUCUGAGGAAACUGGUGGAAGGGCGAGAUAACGGCAGGAAGCGUAAAAUCCUCGUUCAUUGUCAGGAUGGGUACACUGAGUCGAGUAUCAUCGUUCUGGCGUACAUCAUGUCCUCUCUAUCCAUUUCCUUGCCGGAAGCUUUUCUCCACCUUCAAGUCAACGCAAAUAGGUCGUUCUUUUUGUAUCCUGCCGAUAAACCUCUUUUACGGAAAGUCGAUGCUCGCCUAGCUGCGGACCGAAAGGCCAAGGCAAUCAAGCUCCUCAGCGCCACCAGCGCGGGGUCUGCUUCUUCACAUACCGAUUCUGAUGGAAAACAGAGUAACCCGAGUCCACGAUGGAGGCCUUGGGGUAUGAACUUUGGAGCGAAGCGUGAGCAGGCUCCAAAUAGAACAUCCGCAAUAGGUGGGAAAGAAAGAAGUAAAUCAACAGCAGACGUUGCACGGGAGAUGUUGGCGGAGCACGAGAAUGGGGGUAGCGCAGCCGCUCAGGAGGCUAGAUUGUGGUUUGAUGAUAAGAGAUUUGACGGAUUCCCUUCCAGAAUUCUUCCCUUCCUGUAUCUUGGUAAUCUUGAACAUGCAGGCAAUGCUGCAAUGUUGCAUUCGCUGGGUAUCACUCACGUUGUAAGCGUUGGAGAGAGUUUGAUGAACAUGGACAACUCUGUAAUUGCAUACUACGGACAUAAAAGCGAAAAUACUUUGGCAGCAGCUGUGAGAGCAGGUAAACUUAGCGUGCUUGAUUUGACCGAUGUGAGGGAUGACGGUAAUGAUCCCCUUCGACCUGUUAUUGCGCGUGCAUGUGAAUGGAUUGAGGAAGCCCGCGCCCGUGGUGGCAAGAUUCUGGUUCAUUGUCGUGUUGGAGUGAGCCGAAGCGCCAGUAUCGUCAUCGCCUACAUGAUGCAGUACGAGCAUAUGCGAUUGAUGGACGCAUAUAUGGUUUGUCGUGCCCGACGUCUUAAUGUACUUAUCCAGCCCAACCUCCGUUUCUUCCACGAACUUUUUGGAUGGGAAGUCGAACUUGCUAAAAGAGAAGCCGAGGCCGCUAAAGCUAGAAGAGAAGAAGCUGAAAAACAGGGUGUGAGGGACCCUGAGGCCUUGAAGUUGAUUGAAGGAGAAGCGAGGAAGAUUAUAUAUUCUUGGCCAAGCUUUUGUCGAGAUCUGUAUUGCCUCAACCGAAGGUUUUUGUGUAAUUAGUUUGUUACGAGGGCCGACGCUCAAACUCUGAACCAGUUGUCUUUUGUUAUACCCGCACCUUUAUUGACUGUUUAGGAUUCAGGAAACGAUUCGUAUCUGUACACACAAGUAGUCUAAGUAAGGAUUUGUAAUGUUCCGUACUCGUGUUGAUUGAAAUGAUAUAUAACUGUACGAGCUUCAUGAAUGUGUUGUCCAACGCAAGUUAUCAUUCGAUCAAUUGAUAGAGGGUAAAAAAGAAGCCACCACUUCUGGCUGCUCGCACGAGACUGCUUGUAGAUGACAGACACUCCAGAUCUGGGGUUCCCUUCCUGCUGGUUUUCUCUCUCCCUCCUACUGCCUAAUGGUUGCUGAUCCUAUUAUCUGGCGUUCUAGCCUUGCGCCUGUGAGGUAGGGUGGUAGCUGUCGCGCAAAGCCCAAAGUGAGUGACUAGAUGUGCGAAAAUUGAAUUGUAAUAGUACAGUAUGUCUCAAAUCACAAGCUGGGAACGAAGUUAUGAGGGCCGUGGCGGUCAAGGUUUGAGUUGCUGAAAAUCACAGGUUUGGGGGUUUUAUUUUGGACACCCCCUUCCUUCACUUUCGUUCAUUUUAGAGAACGGUCGAAAGAUAACAAUUAGUACUGAUAUUUUCAAUAACACAUGAAUUCAUUGUGC